GAUAACUGAUAUGUGUCGGAGCGCGUGUUUGUCCGUGUCCGUCUCCCGGUGUGUGCGUGUGUGUGAGUGUGUGUGUGUGCGCGUGCGUGCGUGCGGGUGUCGGUGACAUUUACGUGGCAUUUAGUCAGUAGUUGCAGAUGAGAAGUUGCCUCUCUCUGCUCAAAGUGCAGGAUAGAGUAUUAUCUCAUGCAUGAUGCUUCCGAUGAUGAUUAAUGUGCUGUGAUCAGGUGUGUGCACUGGAAGCGUGCGCGUGCCAGCGGCACACACGAGGACUGUGUACUUCUGGAUGUUGUUGCGUGCAGAUGUGAAGUCUUUAUGAGCGUAAGUGAGCUUUAAAUUUCGUCGCCCGCGGGAAGUGUCUGUGUGUGUGUGUUUUUUUUAAAGGUGACUGACUUGGCUUUGUGCCAGCACUAUUUGCUGAUGCCCAUGUUUACAUCUCAGAGCAUAAAAGAAGAGAAAAAAGCUGGACCCUCCUCCUUCCUCUCCCUCUCUUGCUCCUCUGUUUUAUCUUACAGAGAGAUGAUCGGAGGAGCGGAGUCUCCGUGAACAGAGCGAAGCGAUGGAGAGAUGCUCCAUCUCUCCUUUCGCACGUCUGACCGCCCUUGUCUCCCUCCUCCUGGUUGCUCUGGUGACACAGCCCUCAACCUGUAACCGUGACGACAGCCAGGGCGAGGAGCAGGUGGAGACCCUCUCGGUCCAGCUGUCCGUCACAGCUCAGGUCACUCCCACCCCUCUGUGGGCGGUGGUCUGGGGUCCCACGCAGCCGUUGGAGGAUGAGACCUACCACUUCCUCCCCAGCCAGGAAAGCGACCCCCGGCAGCAGCACGGGGACCAGCAGGAGGCCGGCACCGCCGCGUCGGAGGACUGGCUUUAUCCCGAGGCAAGCAUGCAGCCCGGAGAGAAGACGCCGCUGGAGUCCAAGGAGCGCGAAGGAGCGGAGGGCGGAGAGACGCAGGCGGAGGAGACGGAGCCCGAGGAAGUGGACCCUCAGUUCUACGUCACCGUGACCAUCUCCUCAGUGCUCAUCCUGACAGCAGUCGUCAUAACAGCCAAACUCUGUUACGAUCGCAGCUGUUCCCAGCAUCCGCCCCCGCUUUCCCGUGGCGUGGCCCCCCCCCUCUCGCUCGCGCUCCCUCGAUCCCUCGCUCCGGAGGACAGCCGGCAGACGCUGCACAGCGCCUCCUCCUCCUUCGCCGACAGAGAGAGGAUCCCAGUUGUGAACCUCUGAGGUGACUGUUCUACCAUGUGGUAAACACUUCCACGGGGCCCGAGGAGGAGCGCCGGCGCGACCAGAGGGCGCGCCCGCGGCGCCGUUUCAUUUUCCCGGAAACUGUGAAACGAAUUCAGGGAUCCCAGGUAUCCAGCCAUCGCCAAACUCCUCGGCUUCCCUGGUGUCUCACAAAAGCCCAACUCACGUCGCUGCUGCUCCGUCCUCCCCCCUCCUCCCCCUCCUGCGGUGUAAAUUUCUUUUAUGUGGCUGUGCGUCACCGUGGCCCCGCUCCCCGCUCUCAAUCCCCUGUGCGGCCCCGAGCUGCGCUUCAACCCGCCAUGACUAAUUCACAAACAAGCAAGUUUAACAGCCGUGCAACAUCCCAUUACCCCUGAAAUGCCCUACCUGUGCUUCCACGACGGCUCCCCGCCCUCCGGCCGCACGCAGGAAGCGGCUCGGUAUUAAUUCUGAUCGGCUGAAGCAAACUGUCGCUCGCUUGGCUUCAGCGGGCCCGUCUCCGGCGCGCAAGCGGUUAACGGAAAGCCAUUCUCCGUAUCUCCAAACGCUGAACUGGGUGUUUCACAAAGCCGUUUGGCACGGCUGUAGCCAACAGGCAAUGUGUUUAACAUGUCACGCUCCAAAAACUGCUGUUUAUUCCCCGCUUUGGGCGCCUGAAAUGCAAAUAGUGUGGCUUUUCUCCCUCUGCAGCGGGUGGAGGAGCCUGCUUUGUUUCAGGUUUUACUCAUGAUUCGUUCUCUUAAUUAUCUGGCUGACAUUCACCUCUUUGUCGGGACGCGUGCGAGCACUUCCCUCCUCGCGGGCGGCGCGUCGGGAGCCUCGCCGCCGGUCAGAAUCAAGCGCUCGGGACGCGGCUGAGGCCACGGCCGGAUGAAGAUGAGGAGGAGGAUGGCGCACGACGAAGACAGUCGUGAGAACUGUGCACGCCAUCAAAGGACCGAUGUUAGCGUAACAAGGAUGUCUCCCCACCUGACAGCCGAGUAUCUCAUAUCUGGAAAAGAAAAACCGUCAUCAUUUGGUUCCGUGUGAUUAUUGAGUCGCUGCAUAUCAGCUGUCUGGUGCAACCAAAGGAACGUAGCACAUCAAGGAGUAGCACAUCAUUUCUUCCUCUCCAAUGAACCUGCAUGUAUACAGUAGGAGUUGCUUCCAAUCUAUUAUUUAUAAAUGUCUAUUUUAUUCAUCGGCGAUGUCUUUCACUGCGAGAUGUCACUGUGUUUUGCCAACUUUUCUAAGCAGCUUCGAGACGUCAGGCACAUUUUCACUACAGAUACAGCUGGUGGCAUCAUGUGUGGCUCGUGCAGUCCUCCAGAUAUACUGUCUUGUGAUUUUGAGUAGCAAUCCUGUAGAAAUGUGGUCUUUCUGUACCAUGGAAGUUCAAUAAAGACUCAACACUGGCGUUUUA